UCGAGCUGCCGCCGCCGCCGCCGCCGCCGCUCCCAGCAUUCUGGCUGUGGCAAGCAGGCAGGCAGGCAGGCAGGCGGGCGGGCAAAGCAAGGCAAGGCGGGCAGGCGUGCAGAAAGUGUAACUGACUACAGGGGUCCCUGCAGUGACUGAAUGAAGGAGAGUCCAAAGGAGGAGGAGGAGGAGAAGAAGAAGAAGAAGGAGGAGAGGGAGAAGAAGAAGAAGAGCUGCGGUCGCCGAGCAUCCCCGGGAGCAGCAGCAUGCAGCCUUCCGCCCGGAUUCUCAACCUCUUGCUUUUGGCUCUUUUGGCUGGGCUGGAUCCUUCCAAGACUCAAAUCAGUCCCAAAGAAGGGUGGCAAGUUUAUAGUUCUGCACAAGACCCAGAUGGACGAUGCAUUUGUACUGUGGUUGCACCGGAACAAAACUUAUGCUCCAGGGAUGCUAAGAGCAGGCAGUUAAGGCAACUGCUUGAGAAGGUUCAGAAUAUGUCUCAGUCCAUUGAAGUUUUAAAUCUACGAACUCAAAGGGACUUCCAGUAUGUUUUGAGAAUGGAAACACAAAUGAAGGGACUGAAGGCUAAGUUCCGACAAAUUGAAGAUGACCGGAAGACCUUAAUGACCAAACAUUUUCAAGAAUUGAAGGAAAAGAUGGAUGAUCUUCUACCACUGAUACCAGUUCUGGAGCAGUACAAAACGGAUGCCAAGUUAAUCACCCAGUUUAAAGAGGAGAUUAGAAACCUGUCUUCAGUACUUACUGGAAUCCAAGAGGAAAUUGGCGCUUACGAUUAUGAGGAGCUACAUCAACGAGUCCUCAGUUUGGAAACCAGACUUCGAGAUUGCAUGAAAAAACUGACCUGCGGCAAAUUGAUGAAAAUCACUGGUCCUAUUACAGUCAAGACAUCUGGAACCCGGUUUGGAGCUUGGAUGACAGAUCCAUUAGCAUCCGAGAAAAACAACAGAGUCUGGUAUAUGGACAGUUACACCAACAACAAAAUUGUCCGUGAAUACAAAUCCAUAGCAGAUUUUGUCAGUGGUGCAGAGUCCAGGACAUACAAUCUCCCUUUCAAAUGGGCAGGAACUAAUCAUGUCGUCUACAACGGGUCUCUCUAUUUCAACAAAUAUCAAAGCAACAUCAUCAUCAAGUAUAGUUUUGAUACUGGGCAGGUGCUUGCUCAGCGUAGCCUGGAGUAUGCUGGCUUUCACAACGUCUAUCCCUACACCUGGGGUGGCUUCUCUGAUAUAGAUCUGAUGGCCGACGAGAUAGGUUUGUGGGCUGUCUACGCAACCAAUCAGAACGCGGGCAACAUUGUCAUCAGUCAGCUGAAUCCGGAUACCUUAGAAGUGAUGAAAACCUGGAGCACCGGGUACCCCAAGCGAAGUGCUGGGGAGUCUUUCAUGAUCUGUGGCACCUUGUACGUCACCAAUUCCCACUUAACCGGAGCCAAGGUCUAUUAUUCGUACUCAACAAAAACCUCCACAUAUGAAUACACAGACAUACCUUUUCACAAUCAGUAUUUCCAUAUAUCAAUGCUUGACUACAAUGCCAGAGAUAGAGCUCUCUAUGCCUGGAAUAAUGGGCACCAAGUCCUAUUCAACGUCACUCUUUUCCACAUUAUUAAAACAGAAGAUGACACAUAGGUGUCAACAUGACUUUUGGCCAACAAGAAAGAGUGUCAUUGAACUCAAAAGCAUCCAGCUGGGUUUCUUUUCAAUUCUUUUUUUUUUUCUCAGUAAAAAUGAAUAGAGGAGGAUUUUUUUCUACAAUGUAAUGUAUUCCGAAUAUGGCAAAGUCUUUCUUUUAAAAAUGACCUAGUUCAUCAUACAGGUAUCUUUCUAAACAGUAUACAAAGCCUGCUGUGACUUUGUCAUGGAAAGUAUUAAAUGCUUAUUUCAGUGGGAAAGACAUUGUUUUAAGAAAAACAAACAAAAUUAAUGAUCUGCCUUAUAUUAGAAUCAGAGACUAACGGUGGUGUAAAACUGCAUGAAUGUCUUUUUCUACCAUCAUCAUUUUUUAAAAAAAUAUAUAAAUUGCUCAACGUUAAAAGUAUAUUUGGGCAAUCAUCUAAGAGGAAAAUUGAGAAGAAUUCUUUGGGGCAAGGGUGUGAAUUUUUAAAAGCAGUGUUCCAAAAUUAACCUGUUAUGGAUUGGAUUACUUUAAAGGUAGAAAAAGUAAAAAAUCCCAUUGGCUAUUACACAAUUUCAGAUGCGGUGCUGUACAGUCUGUUUUUAAUCUCUUGCAAGCAGUUUCUCAAUGAUCUGUAUUUAUACCAUUGUG